CAAUGAGGUAAACAUCAGACCGAGUGAGCGGGUUAUCAGUGAAACAGCAACAUGUCAAACUUUGGCGUCGCUGUAGCUGCUUCAGGCGUCGAUACAGACCACAGGAAAACGGUUUUGUCUUCGUUUCGAAAGCGAAAGUUGAGAGUUGACUGGAGAGCUAUAGCGACACUUGACUUGGAGCGGUUGGUGCAGGAAGUCGACGUUCGCUCGUUGCAGCAGAAUGUUAUGAACGUGGCGUUUUGUGAUAUCGAGCGCGAGGACUUUUCUAUUGACUCCAACUUUCUCAAAUUAUUCAGACUGGCUCAGUUAAUUAUUGAAUAUGUACUUUAUUGUCAGAAGCAACUAGAAAUACAAGUAGGAGAGUUAAGAAAGCAGCAAGAAGAGCUACGUAAGAAUGAGUCCAAGUUGCAACAGCAGGUCACCACUCUCCAACACGAUCUAACGGCCGUCAAGCGAGAGAAUAAGAAAAGACGUAAGAUGCUAGAAGCUGCACAAAGCCUUAUGAAUGCAGGAGCAAACGGCUACCACAAAUGCUCGAUGUGCUCGAAGGCAUUUGUGUCCGGCGUAUUCUUGCAAAGUCACAUGAACAGAAGACACGGGCAACAAAUCAGCUUGACGUUGGCCGACGGUAUGAUGCAGCAGCACAGUGACAGACUCAAGCAAGCGGUUGAGACGGCGAGACAUGAAGCUUUGGAGGAUGCACGUUCACAGUAUCAGGUUGAACUGCAGACUGCACUGAGAAACAUGCAAGAGAAGAUGGAUACUGUGACGGAAGAGUUACGAAGUGAAAUGAGUCGAAAGGAAGAAGCAGCAGCACAAGCUAGAGAAACUGAUUUAGCCGAGUGGCGGAGAGCAGAAGAGGAAAGGCGACAGAGAGAAAUGAUGGUGUUAGAACAGAAGAUCCAUAAACUGGAGGCAGAGAAGGCAGAUGCCGUACAGGAAGUCGCAGAGUUGAAGUCACAACAGGUAGCUAAACGAUCAAAUCUUGGAGACCUCGAAGAUGAUGAUGAGGAUGGUGGUAGAAGACAGUCUCAACGACUACAACAAGAAAUGCUUAUGCAACAGCGGGAAGAACAUCAGAGUGAGAUCAAGCGUGUUCGGUCUGAGUUUGCUGAUGAAAUGAGAAAGCAAGAACAGAAAUGGAAGAGGAGAUUUAAAGACGUGGAAGCCAAGCAUCAUAAGGAACUAGAGCAGCAUGUCACCGAAGUUGUCGCUACAGCUGAAUUGCAGAAAGUUGAACGUCAACCGGAUGUUUCUGCUCUUGCGUUUCAGUUAACAGGAGCCAAAGGAGUUGAAGUUUUUGAAGAAAACCGGUCGCCAUACCCAAGCUCCUAUGAAAUAGUUAAACCAGUCACAAAAGCUCAGCCUGUCUCAGACAUUUCUCAAAGCUCUGAAGAGUCGGAAGACGAUGCUAAACUGUCCGGUAAUGAGGGAUCACUGAAGGAUGAAGCUGCAGUAAAACAGAAUGGUGAGGGUGCAGUGCCUGUUGAACAGGUGAAAUUGCCGGAUAGGAAAGUCUUGAAAAGCCCACAACACAGAAGAGCAGUCGAUGAGAAUGAUGGCGAGUUGUCUGACAAUGAAUAUAAUGUGGAGAGUGUGUCUCCUGGUGAGUAUGUUCCAUUCAAGAGUAAUCCUGAAGUCAAGACACGCUAUAGGCAUUCUGAUCUUGCUCUUGAGAGUCAAAGAACCGAAGUAAUAGAUCUUCUUAACGCAGAAUUGCUUCGGAAAGGGAUAUCUCCUGAGUCUGAGACACUCUCGCUGCCACAGUUUAAGGAUAAAAUGGCAUGUCUUGAAAAGGAACGAGAGGUACUGUUGAAGAAACAUCGGAACUCGUUUGAAAUCAGACGAAAAAAAGAGAGUGAGAUAGCUAAGAUCAUACGGACAAGUUACAAGCCCAUAUUAGCUGAAUCGUACAAGAAACCACCAAGAGUUCAAAAACAGCCACAAGAUGUACGAAGUGAUCAUACUGCGAGUCCUCUCUCUGCACGGCCGAAGGCACCGCUGCCAGACAAACGAUCGACUACCGUUCAACCGAAACCACAAGUACGACCAAAGGAGCAACUGUCUAAUGGAACGAUGUACACUGAAAAGUCGGAUGAUGAUGAUGAUGAUGAUGAUGAUGAUGUUGAUGAUGAUGAUGAUGACAACGAUGACUCGCUUACUGAGACAAUGACCGAGUCGGCUACUCCUUCUGUCAGUCCUGAGCAACGAAGGCAAAAUCAAGCUGUUACUACUAGACCAUUGAGUGCUGAGGUACCGAAAUCUCAGCCUGCUGUAUCAACAUCAACGCCUCAGUCAGGAUCUCGUGUGAGUGCCGUCGUUCGGAUGUUCUCUGCCGAUUCAGGACUUUCGGAUCACAACGAGCAACACGUACUGCCUACCAUUCGACCUGCAUUAGGGAAGCAGGAAACAUCUUGGGACAGUGAAGGAAGCUCGCUGUCUCCAUCCGAAAAGGAAGAGCCAAAUCGAGGGAGUCUCUUUAGUGCGAGGACAACUGCUCAACCGACAUCGGACAACGUUCACUCUACUGCUGGUGGUCAAUCACGAUCAUCGCAAUCGACUGAAGUCCAAACGAGACGUGACUCGAAUCAACCAAAACAAGGCACUGGAAAGGUUGCAGCAUUAGCCAACAGACUGAGUGCAAGCAUAUCACUGAGUCCCGAUCCUGGAAAGAGACCUAAGGGUGGUGUGGCUCUGUUUGGUGGACCCGCUGUAGAUCGAGGUGCGGUAGACGUGUCAGACGAUGACUUCAGUAGCGUAACAGAAAUGGAUGAUUUCAGCGAAGCAAAACAUUCGGCAAGUGGAGUUGUGGCUAGUCGUCCAUCCAAUGAACUCGAAGAUCUAGAUGACGUAUUAGACAGUCCUCCUGCAGGUUUACAGUCUAGAGCCAAAGUCCCAUCGUCAGCCGUAACUGCAUUUAAUCAACGAGACGACUUCUCUGAUUUCGACGACGACGACUUUGAAACAACCAAUCUGCAACAUUGAUAAGGUUUCAUCACUUAACUUAGACGUAGUAUACCUACUAGUACAUGGUACAUGUACGAGACUCGCAGUAUGAAAAACGAGGAACGAGACACGGCUACAUAACACUCACUAGAUUCGGCCGGAUUAGACGUAUAUAAGGAAUACCGUAUUUCAUGAUGAAAGCAGACCUCGUGGAAGAGAUCGUUUUAGGUUUACACGAGUUUGGUCUGGUCUCUCAUCAUUUUAGCACUCAAACAGUUGUACUCAGGUCUAACUUGUAUAUGAGACUUAGGUUAGUGUUUUACAUCGUAAAAUUUUUAAUCAAUGUAUAUGAUGUAUUACCAUCAUUUGCAAUGACGUUGUGUAUGUUUGACCCAAGGCAGUCCAGCU